AUGCUAUCUGCAGCAAAGUUGCUCCUGGCAUCGACCUCCUUGGUCACGGCCGCGGUAAUCGACAUUAGACAAGAGCCAUCAACUACUGUGCCGGACUACUUCCAAACCACCCCACAGAUAUUCGCUGGGCCGACAGUGACGGGAUUGAUUGCUCCAUUUCUCGCACAAUCCAAUCCGGCGCCGUUUGGUCAGGAAGCGUCCUUCGUUGCCAACGCUCCUCUCGAGACAAAUCUUCCCAUCACAGGAAAUACCAAUCGCUCCAGCAUCUUCCAGUUGCAUGGUCAGUUGAGCUCAUACUUCCCCAAUCCCGUCGGAUUUGGUUCCAACGAGUAUCCUCUGCCUCCCGGUUCGAACAUUUCCCAUGUCCAUCUGCUCCACCGUCAUGGUUCUCGGUAUCCUACUGGUGAUUCGUCCGUAGCGAACUUUGGUCGCAAGAUUCAGAACUUGACGACCAACGGCAGUGCCAAGUGGACAGACGAGCUUGACUUCCUGAACGCAUGGGAAUAUCAACUUGGAGCCGAGAUCUUGGUAGCUAGAGGUCGACAAGAGCUAUUUGACAGCGGAGUUCUCUUCUACUACAACUAUGGCGGACUUUACAACACCUCAACCAAAAUCACUGCCCGGACGACCACUCAAGACCGGAUGCUCAAGUCAGCCGAGUACUUCAUGGCAGGGUUCUUUGGUCUUGAGUGGACCCAUAACGUGACCUUGGCCUUGAUUCUUGAACAGCAAGGAUUUAACAAUUCUCUGGCCGGGUAUUUCCAGUGCAAUAACAGUAAUAGCUAUCAAGCAACUGGAGGCAAUAACGCAUCGAGGAUAUGGGAGAAGACAUAUCUUGCCGCUGCCACUGAGCGACUGACUGCCAUGUCGGGUGGCUACAACUGGACGGUUGCAGAUGUUUAUAACGCACAAACCAUGUGCCCCUAUGAGACGGUGGCAUUUGGCUACUCUCGAUGGUGUGAUCUUUUCACUUACGAUGAAUGGAAGGGAUUUGAGUACAGUAUUGAUCUUCAGUUCCACGGCAACAAUGGGUUUGGUAGCCCGACCGGUCGCGCAGUGGGCAUUGGGUAUGUCGAGGAGCUCUUUGCUCGUCUUGAAGGCCACCUCUACAACCUACCACCAGGUGCGACUCAGGCCAAUGUGACACUUGAUGAAAUGGAAGCGACCUUCCCCCUUGAUCAGUCACUGAAUUUCGACUUUUCACAUGACACCAACAUCAUGGCUAUCAUCACAGCCUUUGGGUUGAAGCAGUUUAACCAGACGUUGCCAACGACUGGCCCGCCCGACGAUCAGCAACUCAUCGUAUCACACGUUACACCGUUCGCGACCAGAAUGGUUUGGGAAAUCAUUCAAGCUCCCAGUCCGAUAAAAGCGAGCCGGCCGACCAAUGUGACCGCGCCCACGUCGGAUUAUUAUGACCAAGGCAACACCACAACCUAUAUUCACCUGCUGCUCAAUCAGCGCACGGUGCCUCUGUACAAGAGCUAUCCGGAGUGUGAGAAAAGAGACGACGGGUGGUGUGAGCUGUCCACCGUCCUCAAGAUCUUUGGUGGCCUACUCGAUACCGCACGAUACGAGUAUAGCUGCUUUGGAGACUACCCUUCGGUGCCGUAUGGAAAUGUGACUGAUGGUGUGCCUACCGUGAAGCGCCGAGCGCUGGGUGGCGCAUUCGGCACGGGAUUGGAGAUGUACGAGAGCAGUGAUAGAUGGAUUGAAUAA